UUGAACUCCUGCCUGCCUAGUCGGAAACUGACACAUGUUCCUCCCACAUCAGACUGAACAUUGGAGGCUGGGGACACAGGGGUGAAUUCUAUCCAUACCUUGGCACUAUUUAGGGUGGAUCAAGUUCCAUGUGUGCGUGGAAAUAGGACUCUGUCCCUUUGGUAGCAGCAUUCACGCAUGGUGGAGAUUGGGCUUUCAAAUUUCAGCGGCAUCUUGUGUGAUACCAAAAUUUGGUGUGUACUCUGCCUCUCAUGUUCCAUUCUACAUAAUUGUUGUGGCGCCCACUCAGCUUGGUACCCAGUGCAGGUGAACCAGUCCCUUCCCCUCUCACUCAUUUAUCCUGCUGACUUUUAAAGCCCUAAACAGCCUCGGCCCAUCGUUCUGCCCAGACACUGAGGUCCUGCUCCGAUGGCCUUCUGGUGGUUUCCUCACUGUGAGAAGAGAGGUUACAGGGAACCAGGCAGAGGGCCUUCUUGGCAGUGGCGCCUGCCCUGUGGAACGCCCUCCCAUCAGAUGUCAAGGAAAUAAACAACUAUCUGACUUUUAGAAGACAUCUGAAGGCAGCCCUGUUUAGGGAAGUUUUUUAUAUUUGUUGUUUUAUCGCUUUAUUAUUAUUACUAAUAUUCUGUUGGGAGCUGCCCAGAGUGGGUGGGGAAACCCAGCCAGAUGGGCUGGGUAUAAAUAAUAAAUUUUAUCUAUUAUUAUUAUUAUUAUUAUUAUUAUUAUUAAUAAUAAUAAUAAUAUUAAUUCUCCUCUUCCUGGCUCUGCCAGAGUCCUGCUCCAAAAAGUCUCUCUCUGCUGUUCUGGUAGUAAUAACCAUGUGGAGUCAGCUCAUGCCGAUAUCCAGUGUUGUUGGCAGGCUGAGGGUUGUGUCCGCACAGGGGUUCAAACCUGGAUUGGCCUUUGCUGUGCCAUUGCACAGCAUAGCUGUUGGAGCAUAGUGCUAACAAAGACUAAUUUCUAUGUGUGUUGCUGGCAGGCGUGUAACCACCUUGGUCUACAGCAUCCGGUGUCCCAUGUAAGGUUGUUGGAGAAUAAAGGGAAGCAGGAGUUGAAAUUGCUGGAGCUCACUUAUUCAUCCCAUUUCCAGUAUGGAAAUCAAUCAACAGCUGUUGCUGUUGCUUUCAGACCACAAAAGAUAGGUAAUUGAUUACGUCCCCAUCACCCCAGUUUGCAUUGUCUUUCCAUUGCAUUGAAAGGAAUACAGUGGAGUAUCAUAAUGGCAACAAAAUUCACAUAGUCAAUUACAUAAAUUGCGUAAGCUAUGUAAUUUUGCCACAACAAACAGUGAGACAGUUUUGGGUGGAAGACGAACUGCAGCAGAAAGGAAGCAGUAUUGUGUGCAACAGAUAGAGGGAGGACGGCAAAGUGAUGCCUUCUUACAUCCUUACUCUCCUGUUAUGAAGCCAACACAGGCCUUGUGGAAUUUGUUGAUCAGGAAGGUGUGUGCACCUCUUCCCUGGAAGGUUUCCAAAGGCUGGGGAAGAUCUGUAGCUCAGUGCUAAAGAGCCUGCCUUACACACAAAAGGUCCCAGGUUCAGUCCCCAGCAUCUCUAGGUAGGAGAGACCCCAAACUGAAAUCCUGUAGAGCCACUGCUGGUCAAUGUGGACAUGGCUGAGCUAGAUGCAAUUCAGUAUAAGGCAGCUAUGUUCUAUGUUCCUAUGCCCAGUUUGAUCUCUUCCAGGUUGGGUGACGUUGAGUGCUGCAACAUCUUAGUGAGCUGCUUGACCCAUCGUCUAGCGGACCUGAUCCCCCUCCAGAUAUUGGGAGUCCAUCUGGAGGCUCACAAGUUCCCCAUCCCUGAUCUAGUGCAUGCCUUGCUUUGGCCUAGAUGCUGCUGUUCCAUUAAAAAAAAACAAAAAACCCACUUCUGGGUUCUGUCCUUCUAAUUUAGUUUAAGAUUGGUUUAUUUAUUUGGUGGAUCAGCUUUCCCCAACCUGGUGCCCUCCUGAUGGUGUUGCACUCCAAGUCCCAUCAUCCCUGAGCAUUGGCCAGGCUGGCUGAAGCUGAUGAGAGUGGGAGUCCAACUGGCUGGAGAAGGUCAAGGUGGACCAACUUUACUUGAAAACAGGGGACUUGCUCUCCUGACCAGGCUUUUUGGAAACAAGCUGUUGUUAUUAUUUUAAUUCCCCAAGCUGUUAAAUUAAUUUAACAGAUUACAGCUAUAACAAAGGCGGCAUUUUUUCAUCUCCGCCAAGCUAAGCAGUUGGCCCCUUAUCUCUCUCGCCCUGACCUAGCUCAAUACUGUGAUCCAAUGAGCGUCACGGCAGACUGGAUAUUGUAACUCGCUUACGCGGCUGUUUUGAGACUGACCUAGAAACCCAGCGGUGUAGACGUCGCUGGCGAGACCUCAUGGGUCUUCGCCAUGUAGAUCACAUUCAUCCGGUACUAUACCGAAGGCACUGGCUCAGAUAAUAGGACACCCAGUUUAAGCAGUUAUCAACUCUUGGGCCCUAAGGACCCAGGAUCCCGGGAGGACGGCACCGCCUCCUGGUAUGCCCUACAGAGGAACCCACUGGUCUGCAAAUGUUGAUCCUGAAGGGGUCCCAGGCCUCUGAGAGGUUAGCUGGCCUCACCAGGAGCCAUUGUGGCUGCCGCGGCUCCAAUCUGGUGGAACGCCCAGGCUGAGACCAGGGCCCGUGACCCAUCUUCUUCCGCAGGGCCCGGGGCAUGGCUGUUCCACCAGGGCCUGGGUCAGGGCCCAGCCUGACCUUCACCUCCGGCAACCUGCACAGAACUUUGCUUAACGGCUACACACUUGAUUUGUAAUUGUAAUUUUAUGCAGAAAUGUCAGAAUGCUGGAUUAUUUGAUUGUUUGGAUUAUCAUAUUGUUACGCUCUGGAGCCUGGCUUUUGGCUGGGGGAGGGCGUGGAGGCAAAUAAAAAAUUAUUAUUUCAUAUUAUUAUUAUUAUUUAGAUUAAUUUAAUUGACUUAUGAUUGUGGGACCAGGUUGUGGGGCCAGUCACUGACACUUCCCCAUGGGGUAGAGUGCCGUGUAAGGUAGAUGCUGAAGACCAUGUCUGAGUGUUGCUCCACUCAAUUGUACUGUUCAGGAAGAACAGAGGAAGCAAGAGCACAGAAUCACCAGAGAUGGCUAUUAAGCCAAGCACCACCACCAGGGAAAUGGACUACCAUUGAAUUUGAGUGCUGCUGUAAGCUCUGUGGAUGAGCUGUUCCUAUGUCUGCCUGCCCUGUGUGCAAAUAUCCUGAAGGAGCAAGUACUCAGCCUGGGGGGCUGCUUCUCACCUCAGCCUCUUCCACUGGAUGCCCAGUUGAGCUCUGGGGCUAGUAGCACCUUCCACCACCAUUGACUGGAGCAUCAACUGCUGCCACUCCUGGAUUGACUAUGGUCGUUUUAAGCAUGGGUAGCGUCAAGGUGGGAUUAUUGCAAACUGGGGCUUAGCUUGCAGUUGCUCAGGAAGCUGCUGUUAGUGCAGAACACUGCAGCACGGUUGCCAAUAGGCCUGAGAUCCUGCCAGCAUAUUGCACCUCUGCUCAAAUAGGUGCUGAUUUCCAACCAUGCCAAGUUCAAGGUCUUGCUAUUAUAAUAUAAAACCCAAAGCCUUCCGUUUGUUUCACCAAGCCUCUCCAGACUUGGGAAUAAGUUAUGCAUAUCUGUUUUCAAACAUUGCUUCUUUUAUUUGCACAUCAGUAAUUGUUUUGAUUUGUUCAAUAAACGCUGCUUAGGAGCUAUUUAAUUAAGUGAUAUAUAAAUUAUUUGAAAUAAAUGAAUGCAUUUGUGAAUAGUGACCUCAGUUUUACUCUGAAGUGCCUCUCUGCUAGUCUUUGAGCCGUUGUGUUGUAUUAGUCCUACUCAGAGUAGACUCACUGAAGUUAGUAGUACCAACUUAGUCCCAUUCAUUUCAGUGAGUUUACUUUGAGUAGGGCUUAGUUGGAUCCAGCCUCUUUUUGUUUUUGAACUAGCAUGGCUUGCCCAAGGCCAUUUGAGAAUUGCUGGGGUGGAAUCUUUUGAGAAGUGAUUGUGGAGAGACACACAACCCUCUGUCUCUCUGUGUGUACAUAUAAUUUUAAUCAUCCGUCUUCACAAUUAGCAAAAUGAAGUUGACAUGAGACUGAAUAAUAAAUCUACCAGGAGUUGAUGAACAUAGAGAUGCUGGUGAUUAAGCCUUGUUGUUGUUUUGUUUAUCUCUGAAUAUAUAUAUAUAUAUAUAUAUAUAUAUAUAUAUAUAUAUAUAAUCAGGGUAAACUGGUGCACCAGACAAUCAGCAGAAAAGUGGUUCAUAACUUUAAAAAUAAACAUGCCGUAUGUAUUAUGCAAAAUGUGUGCACUGGGCUGAUGUCAGGGCUUGGUUAGCUGUGCAGGCACUGCUGGUGCACCCCUUUCAUACGGGAAGGUUUGCGCUCAUCUGUGUGUGUUGCCAAACCAAGUUUUCGACUGUAGCACCUUUGAAUUCAUUAGUUCAGAACUGCUUUUAAUUCGCCAUUUCCCACGAGAGCCAUUAAUAUUUUUCUGCUGUCAGCCUGAUGUUGAAGAGCAAAAAGGAAGGCGGCAGAUGUGGCAUUUUCAUCUAUUUUGUAUCAUACUUUAAAAUGGCAUUAACUGCUAAACACAGAGGAAGAGCAUUGCUACUUAUUUAAAAGGGGGAAAACCCAUUUGCAUGUAUUAAGUAGCUUUGCAUUAAAGUUGGUUUCAAAGAUCGGCGGUGUGUGCAUCCGAAAAGGAAAGAAAAAAAGUUCAUAAUCCUCCCUUAUUAGAAUUAAAAUUCUGUAUAGAUGUGUGUAGGAUUAUUUCAUUAUUUGGAACAUACCAGCUGUGUGCGGAGGAGGGGGACCACCUUGAACAAUGUGCGACUGUGCUCGUAUACACGCGCAUCUGUUUUAAAAAAGGAAGUGGGUUCUCCCCACCCCCCAUCACCAAAGUUAAAACAUUUCAUAAGAGAUUUGAAAUUGUUCCUACAAUAUAAUGUACCUGCGCUCCUAAUGUGGCUAUAUAUAGCUGACUGCCUCAUUUACUUUAAUGGGCUACUUGAAUAACAUAAUCAUAGCUAUAAGCAUGGUACAAGGUUGGAAGGUGCAUGAACCACUAAUGCUUUCUGACGCUUUAAAUGACUUCUUCAUAAAAUGCUCUUUAAUAAUGGUAAAGCUUUUAGCACUAGGUGUCAAAAAUGACUGCAAUGGGAGCCUUCCCCGCACCAUCACCGAAGUAUUAUUUCCUCUUUUGCUAAAGCUUGUGUGUUACAAAUAAAUAGCACGGAGGCCAAGGUUUUACAUCACACUCGUAUUUACAGUGAGCUCCAAGGAGUUGUGGAUUAUUAUUAUUAUUAUUAUUAUUAUUAUAUUUUACUGCACUAUCGGACAAACUCACUCCACAAUCUGUGCCAUAGGCUAACAUUUUGCUGAGCUUUAUUUAUUAUUAUUUCUUAUGUAUUUAUGAAAUUUAUAUACCCUAUAACAUAGUCCCAGGCUUGUUGUUUUCCCCUUCCUUUAUCGUCUUUCCAAGAAUGAGAAUCCUCACUCCCUACCACAUCGAGUAACUUUACGUACUGUAUGCUAGCUAUGUAGAUUUUUCUAGCGAAGGGAGAGAAUAAACCAUUUCCCCGCAGUUCCGUAUCUUUCCGCCUUUUGUAGAAAGCUUUAUGACAGUAGAAUGCUUAUCUGCGAGUGGAGAUGAAAAGCAGCUUGUGCCUCCACCAUCGCCCUCUCGGUGCAUUUGCACUUUAGCAUUUUCGAGGGAAGUUUAGUCUCGUGGUGAAAUCAAAUAUAGAUUUAUGUCCGGGAAGGAAGAAAAAUGCAAGUGUGAUUAUUGGGUACUGUAUAGGGGGUUUCUCUUUUCUUGACCCAACCAAUCAUGCCUCCUCCACUCAUCUUUUUUUUUCUUCUUCCUUUUUUCUUCUGUAGGUUAUUUGGCGUUACGGGGAACUGUGCAGCCUGCAGCAAACUCAUCCCUGCUUUUGAGAUGGUGAUGAGGGCCAAGGACAAUGUUUACCACCUGGACUGCUUUGCCUGUCAACUUUGUAAUCAGAGGUAGGAGAGUUUCUUAAGUCUCCUUCCAUGUACUGAAACCAACUUGGGACUGACCUAGAAUUAGGAGGGUAUGGAGGCACAAUAGCUUGCUAUCAUUCUCUGGGCAAAACUGGACACAGUGUACCUGCUCUCACUUACCUCUUAUCACAGCAACCCUACUCUUGCACAAUAAUUAUCUGUGGUUCAGUAUUACAGGCAUGAACUUAAUGCUCCCCUUUGCCUCACAUCUACAGUGAUUGUACUGUGUACUUUGUUCAUGGUUUAGCAGCAAACAUGGUAAACCAUGGCUUGCAAACCGGAGGCCACUCUUGAUUGUAAUGCUAAAAUCCAUUGGUGCAAAUUGCAUCUGAAUGCAGCUCCGAAUUUGAGUGGCAGCUCCAUCGUAAUGCUGCCACCAUCACUGAGCCCCAGUAUCACAUAGAGCAAAACCUUCUGUGGCCAUGAAAUUAUGGAGGUCCUAUCCUUUCGGAGAUCCGCUUCAUUUUGACUUUGAGCAUGUUGGCUUGAAUCCAGACUUAGACCUGCAGAAACCAACUGGGCUCAAGUAAGUCAUCGCUACUUUUAGACCCACUGAAACCACUUGAUCCUUCUCUGACCAUGACUAAGUCCAACCCAUUAUAAAAUUGUACAUGGACAGUUUCUUUUGGAGUUUCAGGUUAAAAUGCUGCAGAGCUGCAAAACUUUAAAACUCUGAUGGACCCCAACAUUCGCAGAAUAUUAUUAUUCAGUUUUCAACACUCCAUAAGUGUUGAAAUGCACGUUGGGCUGUAUCCACUGUUAGGAUAUUGAGUUUCCGUUCCACCUUUAGAACAGGCAUGUGGAGUUUUUGUAUGUCACAUGUCUGUUUGCUUCCAGCAGAACUUCCAUUGUAUAUAGCUUUUGCCUAUGCUUUUUGCUUGGAUACGAAGGGAAGCAGACAUGUUUUUCCUUUGUUCUAAUGCUGAAUAAACGCUUGUAAAUAUGCUUACAUAUGCCUCUGUCCGCUACUUCCGUUGCAAAGAAUUCUUAUCUCUGCUGGCUUGCGUGCUCAGUCUCUAAAGGUUUCUGAGGCUUGAGUCACAGUUUUUUAUACUGGAGUUCGCCCCGGCUGUCGGCCGGUGGGCUGGAGCCAGCUGGGGGCCUGCCAAUUGCCCCCGUCUCCCAGGACGCAUCCCAAAAUCCACUUGCACAGCAAACUUCCAUGAGCACAAUAGAACUUCCUCUUCUCCUAGCCCUUCCGGCCACCAUGUGCACCCUGCAAGUCAGAUUUCAGGGAGGUGUUAGUAGAGCAGAAGAAAGGGGAGUCCUCUUGGGUGAGUGGAACUUUGCUUGCAUAACAAUGGGUACAGCCCAUUUUUUGGAAGAAGCCACAUGUUAAAUAUGUUAUAAAAUACAUAAAAAUGUUUGUUGAGGUGGCUCUCCUACUUCCUGAACCUUAGCUGGCUUAACAUGGAAGCCACUAAUGGAAUGUCACUGCAACUAACCUGGACUGGAGUGGGGCAGUGUCAGGGACUGGCAGGACUCUGGAGUCCCACUCAGGAGAGGAGAAACAGUAGUCCGUGGGUUCCUGUACCAACCAGGAGGCAAGAAUCAGAGGCAAGGGAAGCUUCAGAGUGGAGGAAGAGGCAGGGCAGGCAAAGAAAGUGCUGGGUGCUUCCCUGCCCUCUCCUGUACCACUCACUCCCAAAACCAGAAGGGAACUGAAGCAGGAAGAGCAGAGGCAGUUUCCAUGUAGGCUACCUCUGCGCACCCUGUCAGGGGAAGGUACAUAAACUGGUGGAAAGGGAGUGGUCUCCAGCUGCUGCAACAGCUUUAUACAGCACAGACCUGGAAAUAGCUGCCUAGAUGCCAGAUUGGUGUGCAGAGGUAUCCAGAGCUGUAGAAGCGACUGUAAGGGUUGUCUUUUACAAGAAAGUUAGCUCUCUGCCGUGUAUAUACCUUUGGGCUGUGUACUUGCCCUGGUAGGGCCACCAGAUUGGUUCCAGUGCUUGGUGCGCUGAUGGAGCCCCAGCCUCACAGCUGCCCAGCCCUACCCCAAUGGCAAGCUGCAGCAACCCCAGUGCCAGGAGGGCCGUUCUAUGGCUCUGCCUCACCACAUGGACCACUCCUGUGGAGACAGAACUGAAUGAUGGUCAAAAACAGGGCUGGCCCUCUAGAUGCCCUUGGACCAUAACUCCCAUCAGCACCAGCCAGCAUGGCCAAUGGUCAGCUGAUGAUGGGAGCUGUAGUCCAACAGCAUCUAAAGAGUGCCACAUUAGCUUUAAAAACCCCCACAAAGUGUCAUGGUCAGGAAAUGAAUGGAUUUGCCCGUUUCUCUAAUGUGUGGGGUAAAAUAAUGGAAGAGGCAGCCCACGCUGCUCCGCUUCGUUCUGUAGCGACAUAGUGAGUUUUAAAAACACACACGCACACAUACAGCCGAGCACCCCUCAUGCAGUGUGAAUUGUGCAGCUGCCAUAAUUAUAGCUUUCUACAAUUACAUUCUAAAACAAAGCCAAAUUGACCUUUUUCAUCACGAUGUGCAGAAAAUUAAAAUAUCAGACAAGUAAUAACCACUGUUUAAACUAUGUAAUAAUGCUAAGCAAUUAGAAGUUACAGGGCCAUUUACAGUUCUUAUACAUCAGCCUUGUUUUGGUGCAGAACUAAAGAGCCUACAUUCAAAAUAAGGUCAGCCUUACUCUACCAGUGGAAUCCAUUCAAGUACGAAAUAAUUGCAUACUGUUUUGAAUUGAAACUCUUAAAGACUUUCCCCCACCCUUAUUGCUCCAAACCACUGUUCUAGUGUCAUUAUUAAAACUGUCUAAUACGUUCUUGUUGUUCGCUUCAUUUAUUGCAUGUCGUAAUGGGUCUGCAUAUCUUUAGCGCUGGUUAUGCACAAUUAGCACUUAGUUACUGUCUUGUCACUUCAUCCCGUACAAGAUAAACUUCUUUAAUGCAAGAAGUCGGCUAAUCUUUAUCAGUCAAGCAAGGCAGAUAAUUUUUGUUAGCCACAGAACAAAAGACGGUGGGCUUCUUUUUCAGUGUAUAGAGGUUUCGGAUUAGUGACAGGUUUUCUUUUCUUUUUUUUUUAAAAAAAGAUAGUGGCCAUCGCUUCUUGCCUGCAAAAAAAGAAGAAGAAUUAAAAUAUAAUAAUAAUAUAAAUAUUUGCAAGUAUGAAUGAUUUGUGUAACCAGCAGAGAGGGAGAUUCUAGGGGCACAGCUAGACAUGAUGUUGGAAGUUAACAGAUUGAUUUAAAAUCGCAAUUUAGCAAACAAUAAAAUAGCACAGGACUUUUUAAUGGCCAAGUACUAACUUUUUCAGGUAUGCUUGCAUGUUGUAAAAAGUGUUGAAAUAACUCUUUAGUCAAAGCCUGUUCUCACCAGAGAACAGAACAUCCAAUGAAGAACACGAAGAGGGCUCAAACCUCACUGGAAGCUGUGCAUGCAGAAUUUCUCAGGCUCAAUCUUUUGUGCCUCUGCUCAAAAGGACCAGGUAAUAGCAGAUGGGAAAAAAUUCUUCCUGAGACUUUGGAGAGUCACUGCCAGUCAAAGUACAAUUACAUAGUACUUGGCUAGAUGUACAAAUAGGCCCGAUUCAAAAAUAACAGUGUAAUUUCAAUUUUAAACCAUGGUUCAUUAGACCAAAGUGUCUUGUGCCUGCACCCACCCCCUCACCUUGCCUGGCUUUGACAUUGACAUCUCUGCUUGUUAAACCACUGUUUCCUGUGAUGCCUAAACCGGGAAACUGUGGCUUAAGUGCUCCUUACAAAUCAGAAUAUACAGAGAGCAGGCACUGGGAGAGACAUUUGCCUGAGACCCCAGACAGCCACUGCCACUAAGAGUAGAUAAACCACUGGUUUGUGUAAGAUAGCUGAUGGGAUCCGCAGUCCCAAAGGGUGCCAGGUUGGCCAAGGUCAAUAUUAGGAAAUGUCAUACUUUCUUCUUUGAAAGUAGAAAGUUGGGAAACAACUGUUCUAUCUACAUUAUCUAGAGUGGCAUUCUUCAGAUUUGUUUCUGGACUGCAACUCCCACCCCAUUAUUCCUCUCCAUUGACUGACCUGGCUAGGGAUGAUGGGAGUUGUAGUCCAGCAACAGCUGGGGACCAAGGUUGAAGAACCCCAUCGGUGUUGUCACUGCUACCACCACCAUGUAAGUCAAGCAAGGGGUCAGGUGGGGGAAGGCCAUUUCACCUUCUUUAUGAAACAUGAUAUUGGAGUAGGUUUGCAAGCAUUGCCCAUGGCAGGGGUGAAGAACUUGCAUCCCUCCAGAUGUUGCUGGACUCUCAUCAUCCUUGACAAUGCCUAUGCUGGCUGGAGCUGAUGAGUGUAACAUCUGGAGAGCCACCAGUUCUCCACCUUGAGCUUAUCUGUCAGCCCAACAGUCCACCACUACUGCAUUUACAUAGGAAGCUGCCUUAUAUAGAGUCAGACCGUUGGUCCACCUAGCUCAGUAAUGACUAUACUGCCUGGAAGCUGCUCUCCACGAUUUCAGGCAGGAGUCUCUCCUAACCCUACCUGGAGAUGACAGGGAUUGAACUUGGGACCUUCUUCUUGCAAGGCAGAUGCUCUUCCACUGAGCUAUAGACCUUCCCCAACAGAAGGAAGAAUCACCUUUGUUCUGGUGCAGCUCUGGGAAGGUGUGCAUGAGACAAGGCUACCAUUGUUGUGUUAAGCAAGGAGAGGGAUGCGGGUGGCACUGUGGCCUAAACCACUGAGCCUCUUGGGCUUGCCAAUCAGAAGGUCAGUGGUUCGAAUCCCCACGACGGAGUGAGUUCCCGUUGCUCUGUCUCAGCUCCUGCCAACCAAGCAGUUCGAAAGCACGGCAGUGCAAAUAGAUAAAUAGGUACUGCUGUGGCGGGAAGGUAAACGGCAUUUCUGUGGGUUCUGGUUUCCGUCACGGUGUCCUGUUGCGCCCAAAGCGGUUUAGCCAUGCUGACCACAUGACCUGGAAAGCUGUCUGUGGACAAAAGCUGGCUCCCUCGGCCUGAAAGCGAGAUGAACGCCGCAACCCCGUAGUCACCUUUGACUGGACUUAACCGCCCGGGGGUCCUUUACCUUUGUCGUUGUUGUUUAGUCAUUUAGUCGUGUCCAACUCUUCAUGACCCCAUGGACCAGAGCACUCCAGGCACUCCUGUCUUCCACUGCCUCCCGCAGUUUGGUCAAACUCAUGCUGGUAGCUUCGAGAACACUGUCCAACCAUCUGGUCCUCUGUCAUCCCCAUCUCCUUGUGCCCUCAAUCUUUCCCAACAUCAGGGUCUUUUCCAGGGAGUCUUACCUUUACCUAAGUGAGGAUGGACCACUCUGGCCACAAUCAACAGGGCAGAUGUGAUUGGGGGGCAGACUCUUCCCCCCACCAACACACACCCAGUUAUAUAUUCAUACGAGCUUCUUUUUAUAUAACUGAGGUAUGCUUUGUGGGAGGAAGAACUCUGCAAGUAUUGUGCAAUUUGGCCAGAAAAGCUGUUUAACAUAGGGGUGGUUUUUUUUAUUUUUGCAGAGAAACAAAAAUGGUCAGGUGCUAAAGAGCUCAGAAAAUAAGUGCUUCCCCUCUGCAGGAGCCCUUUUUUAUUUCCAUCUGCUCCAUUCAAUAAGAUGUAGGUGGGAUAUAACAAAAUAGAAAAAUAUGUCAGGGAAGGAUUCGAAAUUAGGAGUGUGUGUUUUCUCUAUGAAGCUGCUUUGACCAUAAAUAACUUGAAAAGCGUUUUCAGGACCGGUUCCAUAAUCUGUAUUUUCAGUCACGAGCUAUGAGCGGGUAUUAAUCCGAGAGAUGGGGGAGAGAGUGAGGUGGGGAGGAGAGGGGAGUCCACACAUAAACAGCCCAAUUUUCCUUCAGGAGCCAAGCUAAUUCUUUUCAAUCCACUUUUUUAUUACACUAUUUUCCCUCACUCUAUUUAGCGAGCAUAAGGAUAAAUUUCCAAAGCUACCCGGUUGGAAAAUAAAUGGGUUCGCUGUUUGUCUAGCAUUCCAAUCUUUACAAAUGUAAAUCAGCCCAACUGCUGCCCCAUUUAAAACCUCACAACUUCACAAAACAUUAAAGGCCUCCUUUCAAUACACAAUUUACUCUGUGACAAUUCCCUCAGAUUUCUGCUUCAGACAUCAUUAGAAACCGACUGACUGAUAAAAAGGGUGGGGAGGGUGGGGGCCCCACAAUCGAAGGUCGCCAAGGUCAACUUGUGUAAUUAUACGUACUUUUACUGGGUCAACUACACCAGACACCGCUAUUUGAAGGUUAAAUUGUUACAAUUAAGUACAUAUACAGCCUAUUCCCAUUGCUACUCUGUUGUUAAAUCUACCGUAAACAACGUGCACAUUUAUUUCUGCUUCUAAUUGUGUCCAAGAUGUCGCUCGCUUGGAAAAUUAUACGGCAAAAAAGAACAUUGUAAUCCAUUACCGAAUUAAACAAUAGUUUCGAGAGUAAAGCGGGUAAUUAGCUGAGGGAGACUGGUUUUCAUCUGUCUGCCUCAAUGCUAAGAAGUUCAUUUAGGUUACUCGAUUUGGUUUAAUUGGAGCUUUUGGGUGUCGCACCUCCCAAUAUGUUUUUAUAGAUGGAGCGUUGGCCACAAACAGAAUGUGACCCCCCGAUGCACGAUCAUUCAUUAGCGAAAGCUCUUCUGUGUGCCAAAAGACCCCUCGGGGUGUGGUGCUCCCCCUGUUUCUCCAGGCGGGCGUUAAAAGAGAGCUCUCUUUUUGUUAUUAAGGAAAAAUGAACCCAUUGAAAAAGUAAUGCCCAUGCCACACUUAGUGCAAAAUUAGCUUGGCUGUAUAUAAAGGCCAAUUCACAUGACCCCUCCCGGGCCUGAAAUGUCGAUUGACAGCGAUGCGGAUGGAAUUAAAUAGUGUGGCGAAGCCACCAAGUGAAGAUUUUUGUGACGCUGUGGUGCAGCCUUCCCUAAACUGGGGCUGAUGGGAAUUGUAGUCCCAAACAUCUGGUGGGCAUCAGGUUGGGAAAGGCUUCUGUAAUGUCUAACGUUCUAUAGUGCCACCAAGAGAAGUGGUCAACAGUGGCUUAGUCUUUAUACAACUGCUGUGGUCCAUUGGUUCAUAACCCCAGGGCUGGAUUACUGCAACAUACUCUGGGUGGGGCUGCCAUUGUCUAUGCUCCAGAAGCUCUAGCUGGUGCAGAAAUUGAUGAGGGAACAUGGCCCACAACAUCUGACACCAAUGUGGAAAUGGUGCUCAUCUACUACCAAGCCUGGUUCAUGGUCCUUGUAUUAAUGUACAAAGUCCUGGACAAUUUAGGUUCCUGGGUAUAUUCCAGCUCAAACACUGAGGUCAUCGGCAGGAGCGUUUCUGGUCGUUCCCCUCAUUGGCGAGGCUCAUCCGAUGGCAACAAAAAACUGCGUGUUUUCCUGACACCUGUGUUUUAAAUGCAACUUGGAUCCUCGACGUUUCUCAUCUUAUUUCCCCCCUCUUGUAUUUCCAGAUUUUGCGUGGGAGACAAAUUUUUCCUAAAGAACAACAUGAUACUGUGCCAGACAGACUAUGAGGAGGGUUUAAUGAAAGAAGGUUACGCGCCCCAAGUUCGCUGAUCCGAUGCCUCGUCGCGGAGAAUAUUGAAGCACUAUGUUCUUACCCUUUCUUUUCUUUGCUUUUGUUCAACGUGUAUAUAUAUAUACAUAUAUAUAUAUUAAAAAGAAAAACAAUGGCAGAACCUACUGAAUAGCGUAGAAAUAGGGAGACAGGAUGGUCGUGUGGAAUAAGAGGCG